AUGUUGAAUGCUGUUGUGAUGGGACAAUCUGCUCCUUAUGGGAUGAUUUUGACUAAAAUCUUUAAAUUUUUCAAAAUCCCACUUGAGGAUGAACCCUUCGUUCACUUCAACAACACUUUUUCUAUGAAGAAUAUCAAACAAAUGAAGAUUCAAAAUGAUGGCCGCCCUGUCUCUGAGAAACGGAAAGCUUGUUAUUCCUCAUCUCCCUCUCAAAAAUCUGAAGAAGAAACCACUCAACCUCCACCUGAGGAUACACCAUCACCACUCAUUUCAGAACCCACCUCUCCACUGCGUAACUCUACUGAUGCUACUCCUUCUCCUGACUCCCCUGUCCACACACCACCGAUCCACAAACUGACUCCCCUUCAUGAAGCCGAUCCUCUCCGUGAGGAUACCUUCACACCAACUCCUCUUCAAAAUAUGAAAGAUGGCGAAGAGUUAUAUUUUGAUCUCAAUUUGUCUUAUCCUCCAUCUCCUACAGAUGUGCAUAUGGCUUCUCCUCCAACUAUGCCAGUGGACGAAGAUGUGCUCCCACCACCAGAUCUUUCGCAACCAACUUCCAUUCCUCCUGCUACAAACUUUGAAAAACUUGUCCAACCUCUUCCUGAGGUCACAGGUGUGUUCAGUUUCCUUGACUCUUUUUUUACUACAACCACUCAUCACUAUUCUGAGGACAAAGCUGGGAGCUCUCAGAAUAAGAGUUCCAAUGUCAAUGAUCAACCUAAGGACUCGAUUCCUAGCAAGAGGACAGAGGAAAGGAAGAAUCAGAAGCAGAUGAAACUUCUCAAAUUAAUUAGCAAGGAUCAGAAGAAAAUCCUUCACAGCUUCACUCACUAUUAG